AUGGAAAAACAAUCGUUGGAGCCCACGUUCGCCAAAUUACGGCCUUUAGGCCACGCCGAGAGAUACUCCGCAGCUCGCAGUGACCUGGGAAUAUAUCUCAAUGUUGCUUUAACAGCCCGCUACAAGACUUCCGGCAAGGUCGCAGUGAAGCCGGCGCUCUUCCAUGCCCUGACAGCCCUCAUAGCGAAACAUCCGAUUCUCUCAACAAUCCCAUGGGCUACUGAAACGACGAAGCCAUACUUCGUCCGUCUUCCGACGUUAGAUUUGGACCAUGUUGUUAGCUUUUUCGAGGACGAUGCAAAUGAAGAGUGGAGAGAUUUCGUGGACAAGGUUCUCGAAAAAGAACACAAUACUCCCUUUGAAAGUCGAGCUGGCACUAGCCUUCUCCCAUUCUGGAGAUUAUCUGUGAUAAAUCACCGGAAUAUCUUGGAUACCUUCACUUUGAUUUUUGUGUUUCACCACUCACUCAUGGACACCCAGAGCGCUCAUUCAUUCCAUCAAGAAUUGGAAGAAUACAUGCACCGAUACUCGGGCCAAGACCUUCCAGUCAAUACUGUCAUUUGCCCAUCCACAACACUACUUCCACCUCUGGAAGGAAUGUGCAAUCUGUCAAUAUCCGAUAGCUUCCAUCUAUCCCAGAGCACUUAUCAUGAACCGAGCCCAGAAAGCUGGACGGGGGCACCUCAAUCCACACCUGUGAAAACUCGCUUCGGAUCGAUAUGGCUUACUGAAAAAGACACGCGAGUGUUGAGAAAUUCUAGUAUAAGGAACAAAUGUUCAGUAACGGCAACACUUCAAGCGCUACUGGCGCACAGCAUAUUCGCUGCUCUCCCCUCUCAAUAUACAAUACUGCAGGGUGACUGCGCAGUCUCUCUGCGACGGUUUCUUCCACAGCCGAUAGAAGCUACCAGUCUGGGAUGUUAUGUCGGAUCACUAUCGGUCGUCUAUCACAGAAAACCCACAUUUGACUGGGACGAUGCUUUUCAUACUAAGAAAGCGAUUCGCGAGACUCUCGCCAUGGAGGGAAGAGACAUGCCUGUUGGUUACUUAGGCACAAUUUCGGACAUGCAUUCCUGGAUGCGAGAAAAGCUCACCAAGAAAAGAGCAGCAGCCUUUGAGCUCUCUAAUAUUGGAACUGGCCUGAAUGCGAAACCUGGCGGAGAUGGUUCACAUUUCAGGAUCGAGAGUAUGCUCUUCAGUCAGAGCUCGAGUGCAUGCAGUGCGGCAAUUAAGAUAAGUGCAAUUACCGGCCCAGAUGGGAAUAUUGCAUUGGGGUUCAGCUGGCAGGAAGAAAUUGUUGACGACGUGAUGAUUCAAAAAGUCCAGAAGGUGUUACAAUAUGCGAUUGAAUCCUUGAAAGACUAG